AUGAAUCAAAGCAUGGUCGAACUUGAGCCUUUUGAAUAUUCCUACUAUGAUUAUUCAGACUGGUACACAAACAACGCAGAGCCAACCAAUCCACCAAAAGAAGUUAUUUUACCAUGUGACCCCACAGUGGACGACAAGCUCUUCCACAUAUGCAUGCUGUCAAUAUCUCUGGUGGUCAUGUUAAUCCUGGCAGCUCUCACCAGGAAGAACAAACUCUGCCAAGGAUUUACAAGAGGAUCCUCCAGUAUCUUCAGUCCAGUCAACUUCCUGGACCAGACUCAGAAAAAAGGCCUGGUCAUGGCUGUUUUUGGGCAGGUGUUUAGCAAGCUGUCAAUGCUCGUGCUCGCCCCAGACCCUCUGCCUUUCUCCAAAGAUACUCCAGCGGACAUUAAAGAGUACAUGAAGAUAAUCGCCAUCUUCUACUAUCCUGUCCUGUAUUAUCCUCUGUUGGUCUGUUGCUCUCUGCAGCACAAAGCAGGUUACGUGUUUGGGACGCUCCUCUCCUUCACUCACUUCGGGGUCCUGGUGUGGCAGAAGUUCGACUGUCCAGUGACUCCAGAGAUCUAUAAGUACUACGCUCUGCUUGCAAGUCUGCCUCAGCUGGCCUGCCUUGCAUAUCUCUGUGUCCAGUUUCCUUUGUUGUUUGUGAAAGGACCAAAGACUGACGAGGUGAGAAAAGUUCAGCCUGACCUUGACAGCAGCUACUACACCAAAUAUGUAAAGUUACUUCUCAAGAAAAAGUCCUCAACUGCCAGCUCUUUAACUACAGACAAACCAACGCUGGCAGAGAGAAUACUGGAGGUGCCUAAGAGUUAUAUCUAUACACCAGAAAAAGUGUUUCGUUUUCCACUAAAACUGGCAGUGUCAGCGUUUGUUGCCCUUGUGGCAAUAUAUCAUAUAGCAUUGUUGUUAGUCGUCCUGGUAGUCCCCACUCUCCAUAUCGUCCGUGCCGGUAUCGAUGAAAACAUGUACUUCCUGUUACUGGGCUUUGGGAUCGUCCUAUCAGAUGAUAGGAUGGAGGUCGUCCAAAUUCUGACCUUCUAUACUUGGCUGCUGGAAGUGUGUUUCCUCUGUGCAGUGACCCUGUCUUGUUUGGUCAGUCUCAUCAUGAUCAUGAGGUCCAUGAUACUUCACAGGUCAAACCUGAAAGGACUGUAUAAGGGAGACAUUUACAGCAUUUAUAACAGCCAGAAGACCAUCCGUCCAUCUAAACCUGGUAUUGUCUGUUGGAUGGGUUUGACAGGAUACCAGGCUGCGAUCGUCUGCCUCGGAAUGGUUAUUCAGACUGUCGUGUUUUUCAUCUGCUUCUUGUUCCUGGUGUUUUUGAUCAUUAUCCCUGUUUUUUACGGCCGCAAUAUCAUCGUUUUUGAAAUUGCUGGGAAGGCAUGGCCGGGCUGGGUCACACUGAUCCUGGUUACAGCGCUUCAACAUGUGACUGCUAAGUUUGCUUUUAUCAAAAAAGAAGCCGGUACGACUGACUUGAACAACAGAGAGAGUCUGUUCCUCCUGACGUACCUGCUGUUCCUGAUCAACACCCUGGUCGGACUGGUAGUCGCUAUAUGGAGAAUGGUGAUAACAGCUUUGUACAACAUCGUCCAUCUUGGUCGUAUUGACAUCAGUCUUCUGCACCGCACUGCAGAGUCCUACGACCCAGCCUACCGAUACUACGCCCACUCCCUGAAGGUGGAGGUCAGCCAGUCACACCCAGUGAUGAAGGCUUUCUGUGGGCUGCUGGUGGACAUGAUGAUCGAAGGCGGCAGAGUUGGGCAGAAAAUAAGAGACGCAGAGGAAGGGAUUCAAGAGAAUAGGCCGAGCAAGGCAACCAGCCGUCGGAGGAUUCGCUGUCGCUGGCAGCUGCUGUACACACUGGUCAACAACCCGUCCCUGCUGGGCUCCAGGAAGCACUUCCAGACAAUGCAGACCUCGGAGAGCGUCCUGAACGGGACCCCCAAAUGCAGCACAAAGAAAGGCAGCAAGAAGGACACUGGCAUGUCUGCUGCCGAGCCAGUCCAGUCCACUGAGACCCCGUCAAACCAAGAUAAAACUGAUUGA